AUGGCAGCAUUCACGCCUCUAAUCCUGGACCUAGAUGAAGAUUUUUUCGACCGGUUUCACCUGAAGCCGGGUCCGGUCAUUGGAACCGGCUUGAGCGGUCAGGUUAUCCACGCCACAUCGGACAAUCUCAACUUCGGACUGGCGGUGAAAAUGUUCUCCAUGCUCCAUCAGGCUGACGACAUGAACGUGCAGCUGUACACACAGGAGGUCAAGGCCAUGGUGGGGGUGGACCAUCCCAACAUCAUCAAGCUCAUAUCGGCCGUACGAUGUCCACGCUACUGGUCAAUCACCACGCCUUACUGUAGAAACGGGACGCUGUCUCAGAGACUUUCAGAACUCACCCCACAUCACCUGGCACUUUACCUGAUACAGCUGUCUUGUGCUGUGAGGUACCUCUACAAGAGAAGAAUCGUCCAUGCAGACAUUAAACCUGCCAACGUCUUCUUAGACGAUAACGGACACGCUGUUCUCGCAGAUUUUGGACUCUCCUUCGUGGUGCCAGACACGACUGAAUGCAGUGCCAAUAUCGGCGGGACCCCGGCCUUCAUGGCGCCUGAACUUCUCUGUAAUGGCCGAGUUGACCCCUUCAAACUGGACGUGUACUCCCUCGGCGCUGUUGUCUGGUGCAUGCUGUUCAGAGUGGAACCGAACCCUAUGUCAGUACACAGUUACCUGGAUGAGCUCAAUAACUGCCCGGAUGUUCCACACAUUUACAGGUGUGUUCUGACGGCCAUGCUACAUCAGGAACCAGACCUAAGAAUCGAUAUCUGUACCCUACUGGUGAAACUAAAAGAAGAGAAUUUCGCCGUGGAAAUGAUAGACGCACUUUGA